AUGAAAAAUGGCAUUUUUGAAGCCCAAAAGAGAGCACAAAAGGACAAAAGCCCAUUUGGCCCUCUUCCUCUCCCCUGCCGACAUCAGCGCCACGUGGCGCUCUCCCAUUGGCUCGGAAAAAGCAGCUCUCCCUUUGGCCCUCUCUCCCUCUCCACGCGCGCGUGGCGUGCACCGGCCCCUGUGGGCCUUUUGUUUGCUCCACUCGCCAGCCACGCGGCUGGCCUUCGUCUGGAUCGAGCCCCAUCAGCCAAAAGGUGGCUUUCUCUCCUCUCGCCACGUUGGAAUUGCCAAAAUCCUAGAUCGAAAGCUUCCAACACACCUAAGAGAGGUGAAAUUUACGAUGUCAAAGAUGACGUGGAUAUUAAAACAUCAUUAGCAAAUCUAACUAGGAGAGUUGAAGCUAUGUCAUUAAGUCAAUCUAUGAAUACUCCUAUACAUAGGAAUGAAAUUUGUUCCUUAUGCUAUAGUACAAGUCAUAGUGCCCAGUCAUGUCCAUCAUUGCCUAUAUACCAAGAGGCAUUUUCUGAAGAAGUGAACGCUCUUCAAACUUAUGGGAAAUCAUCUGAUAGCCCAUUUUCUCAAUCCUACAAUCCAAAUUGGAGAAAUCAUCCAAAUUUUUCAUGGAGACAGAACCAGCCUCCAAUGAAUCAAGGGCACCAGUACAACACGCCCAAUCAGAGUCAAGCCCAACCUAAUAUGCCAUAUCCUCAACAACAAAGAAAACCAUCUUUAGAGGAUACACUACAACAGUUUAUGCAAACCACCCAACAAGCCUUACACACAAAUUCUCAAUCCCUAUUAAAGCUUGAAACACAAAUGGGUCAGCUUGCUAUUCUUUAUGUUGAAAGGGAAAAGGAAAACUUCCCGUCAACCCAUUCCAAAUCCAAAGAGUCGGUACGAGACUCAUUGAAAGAAAAUGAAAAGAGUCAGCCUGAAAGUUCACAUUCCAAAGACUCGGUUGAAGAAUCGAGUCAAACUUUACCGUUCAUUCCAAAAGCUCCAUUCCCACAAAGAUUGCUCCCGAUCAAAAGAGGUAGUCAGUAUGGUGACAUCUUAGAGGUAUUCAAACAAGUAAGUAUAAAUAUCCCUUUCUUAGAUGCCAUUAAGCAAAUACCUGCCUACUCUAAAUUCUUGAAAGAUUUGUGUACUGCAAAAAGAAACACAAAUGUUCCGAAAAAUGCAUUUUUAACGGGACAAGGAACCGAAACCAACAUCUAUGACACUUCGGUUAGUGAUCGUUACGUGAAAAUUCCUAGAGGUGUCAUAGAAGAUGUUUUGAUUAAGGUAGAUAAAUUUUAUUUUCCUGUUGAUUUCAUUGUUCUUGAUACUCAUUUUGUUGAAGACAUAAGUGCUCAAAUUUCGAUCAUUUUGGGUAGACCAUUUUUAGCCACAUCAAAUGCAAUCAUCAACUGUCGUAAUGGUGUUCUUAAAUUAUCAUUUGGAAAUAUGACUGUUGAGUUGAAUGUUUUUAAUGUUGCUAAUAAAUCUGUUGAUUGCGAUGAUGUAUAUGAGGUAAAUUUUAUUGAUUUUGUCACACAAGAUUUCAUGCUAAACAAAGAUAAUUCUUUUGAAAAUUGUGUAAGUCAUUUUGGUAUGAAUUUUGAAAGUUCUUUUGAUAGUGUAAAUUCUUUGUUAGAGUCUACACCAUUGAUAAACACAGAAGAGUGGAACACCAAAGUUGAGUCAAUUGAACCCUUUCGCCAAUUAGAAUCACAGUCACUCCCUGAACCACCAAAGUUAGAUCUAAAGGUUUUACCUGAAGAUCUAAAAUAUGCAUUCCUAGGAGAGUCAGAAACCUUCCCUGUUAUCAUCGCAUCUGCGUUGGAGAAGAAACAAGAAGAGAAAUUGGUACAAGUUCUUAAGAGUCACAAAGAAGCCAUAGGGUGGACCAUGGCUGACAUCAAAGGAAUUAGUCCUUCGAUGUGCAUGCAUCGAAUCCAUUUAGAAGAAAAUGCAAAGGCAUCCCGUGAGUGUCAAAGAAGGUUAAAUCCAAAUAUGAAAGAAGUAAAGUCUGGAAUUACUGUAGUCAAGAAUGCAAACGAUGAAUUAAUCCCCACUAAAAUCCAAACUGGAUGGAGAGUGUGCAUUGACUACGUAAAACCGAAUAGCCUCACCAGAAAAGACCAUUUCCCAUUACCCUUCAUUGAUCAAAUGCUUGAAAGAUUAGCUGGUCACGAGUACUACUGUUUUCUCGAUGGUUACUCGGGAUACAACCAAAUCCCGAUAGCACCCGAGGAUCAAGAAAAGACCACCUUCACAUGUCCUUAUGGAACAUUUGCUUAUCGACGCAUGUCUUUUGGCUUAUGCAAUGCACCUGCGACAUUUCAAAGGUGUAUGAUUGCAAUUUUUUCUGAUAUGGUUGAACAUUUUUUGGAAAUCUUUAUGGAUUAUUUUUCUAUUUAUGGAUCUUCUUUUGAUGAAUGUUUACACCACCUGUCUCUUGUCUUGAUUCGUUGUAAAGAAAAGAAUUUAGUGCUAAAUUGGGAAAAAUGUCAUUUUAUGGUAAAACGUGGAAUUGUCUUAGGACAUGUGAUUUCAUCUGAGGGAAUAGAAGUUGACAAAGCUAAAGUUGAUCUUAUUUCAAAACUUCCACCACCUAAAACUGUGAAAGAAUUUAGAUCAUUCUUAGGUCACGCCGGUUUCUACCGGACAUUCAUAAAAGACUUUAGCAAAAUUUCACGGCCUCUGUGUCAUUUACUUGGAAAAGAUAAUGCAUUUGUUUUUGAUCAUGAUUGUCAUAUUGCUUUUGAGAAAUUGAAAACUAUGCUAACUACUGCACCCAUUAUUCAACCUCCUGAUUGGAACCUUCCUUUUAAAAUAAUGUGUGAUGCUUCUGAUUAUGCUAUAGGAGCUGUCUUAGGGCAAAGAAUUGAUAAAAUACCACAUGUUAUUUCCUACUCUAGCAAAACUCUAAAUGAUGCUCAAUUAAAUUAUUCCACAACUGAGAAAGAAUUGCUUGCUGUAGUCUUUGCCUUAGAAAAGUUUAGGUCUUAUCUGUUAGGAUCUAAAAUAAUUGUUUAUUCUGAUCAUGCUGCUUUAAGAUAUCUUUUGUCAAAGAAAGAUGCAAAAUCACGUUUAAUCCGUUGGAUACUUCUUUUACAAGAGUUUGAUCUAGAAAUUCGUGAUAAAAAGGGGUCUGAAAAUGUUGUUGCUGAUCACUUAUCUAGGCUAGUUAUUGAAACUAGUAAAGAGCCUACCCCUAUCACCGAAACUUUUCCUUAUGAACAAUUGAUGCAUGUUUCUUCUCUGCCUUGGUAUGCUGACAUUGCGAAUUAUCUUGUUAGCAGUAAAAUACCAUCUCACUGGUCUAAACAAGAUAAAAAUAAAUUUUAUUCUGAGGUGAAAAAUUUUAUCUGGGAUGAUCCAUACUUGUUUAAAUAUUGUCCUGAUCAGAUAGUACGUAGAUGUAUCCCGAAUUGUGAUCAAACUAAAAUCAUAUCUUUUUGUCAUGAUCAUGCCUGUGGAGGCCAUUUCAGUAGUAAAAAGACUGCUGCAAAAAUUUUACAAUGUGGUUUUUAUUGGCCCACAAUUUUUCAUGAUACAUAUGCAUAUUGUAAAGCCUGUGAACGUUGUCAAAAGUUAGGAAGUGUGUCUAGAAGAAACAUGAUGCCUUUAAACCCUAUUCUUAUUAUUGAUGUAUUUGAUGUUUGGGGUAUUGAUUUUAUGGGACAUUUUCCUAACUCGUUUGGAAAUUUGUAUAUUCUUGUUGGAGUUGAUUAUGUUUCAAAAUGGGUCGAAGUUGUUGCAUGUCACACAAACGACCACAAAGUGGUGGUUCGUUUCUUGAAAGAAAAUAUUUUUUCCCGUUUUGGCACACCACGUGCUAUCAUUAGUGAUGGAGGUACACAUUUUUGUAAUAAGCCAUUUGCACAUCUCAUGAAAAAUUAUGGCAUUACACACAAAGUCACUACACCAUAUCAUCCUCAAACUAGUGGUCAAGUUGAAAUCUCCAAUAGGGAAAUAAAGCACAUCCUAGAAAAAACAGUCAACCCAACUAGGAAAGAUUGGUCCCUGAGACUAACUGAUGCUUUAUGGGCAUAUCGUACUGCAUACAGAACUCCCAUUGGAAUGUCACGGUACCGCCUAGUGUAUGGAAAAGCCUAUCAUUUACCUACAGAGUUAGAGCAUAGAUCCUUUUGGGCAAUUAAAUAA